UUGCAUGUGGCGUACGUGAAUUCGGCAAUAAUUCGUCAUCGUUUUGCAUUUGCUUUAAAUUUCUCAUUGCAUUUAAAUUGCUUAACAUAAAUCAAGCAACAUGAAGGUGUCAAUUUUUGGAGAGUUAAACGUAUUUGAGUUGUUCCUGCUAAGCAGUUUACUGCCAGCUGUUUUUGUUUAUUUGUGGGCCUUGAUUACCGGUGACAUAAAGAAUUUUGAAAACAGCAAGCUUGCUUAUUCGGUGUUCACGGCAAAGGAUCCUAUAAAUUGCUAUCAGAACUAUGUGGAAGAGAAAAAGGAAUCAUAAAUGCCAUAAGGAUAAGAUAUGAUAAUUGUUCAGUAUAAAUUAAAUAUUAAAGAUGCCUUAGUUUAACGAGA